AUGCACUGGACACCGGAACACGCCCAGCCUCUCAACCAGUGGCCAGAGCAGCACCUGGACGUCUCCUCCACCACCCCGUCGCCAGCCCACAAGUUGGAGCUGCCCCCUGGGGGUCGCCAGCGCUGCCACUAUGCUUGGGCACACGAUGACAUCUCUGCCCUCACUGCUUCCAACCUCCUCAAGCGCUAUGCAGAGAAGUACUCAGGGGUCCUGGACUCGCCCUACGAGCGCCCCACCCUGGGCGGCUACGGGGAUGCCGCCUUCCUCAACGGCGCAAAGGGGGACCCUGAUCCCUGGCCAGGACCAGAGCCACACUACCCCUUGGCCUCACUCCACGAAGGCCUCCCGGGAACCAAGUCGGGCAGUGGGGGCGGCUCCGGGGGCCUCGGGGGCUCCCCAGUUUUAGCCGGGAACCUGCCUGAACCCCUCUACGCCGGCAAUGCGUGCGGGGCCCCGUCCACAACGCCCGAGUACGCAGCAGGAUACGGCGGGGGGUACCUGGCCCCGGGUUACUGCGCGCAGACGGGAACGGCGCUGCCCACGCCGUCCCCCGCCGCGCUGCUGCAGCCCCCGCCUCCGCCGGGCUACGGCCCCUCCGGGCCUCUGUACAACUACCCUGCGGGGGGCUAUGCUGCGCAGCCCGGCUACGGGGCUCUGCCGCCGCCCCCGGCCCCGCCGCCAACCCCCUACCUGCCCUCAGGCCUGGCGGCGCCCACGCCCCUGCCGGCGCCCGCCGCGUCCCGGCCGGCCCCCACCUCCUACAGCUUCCAGGCGGCGGCUCCGGGAGCAGAGGCUGGGAUGUCCCUGAAGCGCAAGGCCGCUGACGAGGGCGCAGAGGGCCGCUACCGCAAGUAUGUCUACGAGCCUACCAAGGCCCCGGCAGCCGACGGCGCCCCCUACCCCGCCGCGGACAACGGCGAGUGUCGAGGCAACGGGUUCCGGGCGAAGCCGCCUGGAGCAACGGAGGAGGCGUCGGGCAAGUACGCUGGCGGCAUCCCUCUCAAGGUCCUGGGCUCCCCGAUCUACGGCCCGCAACUCGAGCCCUUUGAAAAGUUCCCGGAGCGCGUCCCAGCACCUGCUCCCCGAGGGGGCUUUGUCUUGCCGUCGGAGGAGCCUCUCAAAGGUGUGGACCCGGGGUCCCUGGAGCUGGUGACGAGCAAGAUGCUGGACUGCGGGCCCCCGGUGCAGUGGGCAGACGUGGCGGGCCAGGGCCCGCUCAAGGCGGCGCUGGAGGAGGAGCUGGUGUGGCCCCUGCUGAGGCCGCCCGCCUACCCCGGCAGCCCACGCCCGCCCCGGACCGUGCUACUCUUCGGACCGCGGGGCGCGGGCAAGGCGCUGCUGGGUCGCUGUCUGGCCACGCAACUGGGCGCCACGCUGUUGCGCCUGCGCGGAGCCACGCUGGCCACCCAGAGCGCCGCCGAGGGCGCGCGCCUUCUUCAGGCCGCUUUCGCGGCUGCGCGCUGCCGCCCACCCGCGGUGCUGCUCAUUAGUGAGCUGGACGCGCUGCUGCAGACCCGGGAAGACGGCACCACCGCCACUGGCGCCCUGCAGGCGCCGCUCCUGGCUUGCCUGGACGGCGGCUGCGGCGCGGGGGCCGACGGCAUGCUGGUCGUGGGCACCACCUCGCGGCCCGCUGCUCUGGACGAGGCCACCCGCCGGCGCUUUGCACUCCGCUUUUAUGUGGCGCUGCCCGACGGUACGGCCCGUGGACAGAUCCUGCAGCGGGCGCUGGCCCAGCAGGGCUGCGUGCUGAGCGAGCGGGAGCUGGCGGCCCUGGUGCAGGGCACCCAGGGAUUCUCCGGGGGCGAGUUGGGACAGCUGUGCCAGCAGGCAGCGGCCGGGGCGGGCCUCCCAGGGCUGCAGUGCCCCCUCUCCUACAAAGACUUGGAGGCGGCACUGGCCAAGGUGGGCCCCCGGGCCUCCCCCAAGGAGCUGGACUCGUAUGUGGAGUGGGACAAAAUGUAUGGCUUCGGACACUGA